UGUGUGUUUGAGCCGUGCCAGCAACCAACGUACACAGUGCGGAGUCCGGGAAGUGCUGAGCUCAGGAUGCCUGCGGCCAGUGAGGAGACUGGAGGCUGACAGUGCGCGGUACCCGGGGCCCCCUGAAUGAGAGCGAGGGGAGCGGAGGCCAUGAACCUGGGGGAUGGAUUGAAGCUUGAAACGCAGAUUCUGAAUGGCAAAACCAAGCUCAUCUUGGCACCCUAUGAUGCGCAGGAGAAGACAAGUAAACAGGUGGGGAACAGGGGUAAGGCGCAAAGAACGGCACUGAAAGGAAAGCACCAGCCUCAGGUCCUCCACACUGUUCAGAACAACAAUGAAAGGGCCGAGCAGCCGGUGCUGAAGUCCAGAUUUGGGAAGGUGGGCUUGGGUUCCGGGAAACCCCCUACAAAUGUUCUCAAGGAACUUGAAAACAAAAAGCACGCACCUCUUAUUCAGCAGAAUGCACAGCAGACAAAGGCGGAUGCUGGAAAGGCCAAACCAAUGCCCACAAAGUUCUCCAAUGUGCCGAAACAAAGACCCCAGGAUAAGCCAGGGAUCACUGCUGAGGAUCUGAGGGAGAGUCUGGUUUGUCUUACACAGAAGCAGUUCCAGCAGAUUUUAAUGACCAUCAAUCAGAGUAAUAAGCCAAAUGCACAGGAACAGACUGCUGAUGAAGAUAACAAGGAGACAGAGGAAGAAGAGAGCGUUGCACAACUUUUACAUCCCGAGGAGGAUGCUGGAGAAGAGAGAGAUGAAUCUCCUUCAGCCACUCAGCCAAAAGAUGUGAAAGCAGGAAACCUGUUCAGUACCCUCGGAGAACGGGAGAAAGAGAAAAGUCUGCAAGAGACAAAGAAGGCUCAGUGGAAGCGUGAGCUAGAUGAACAGGUGGCUUUAAAGAAGAAACUGAAGGAGGCUGAUCUAGAAGGAAUCAACCUGAGGCAUCGUGAAGGGAUAGAAUCUUCUGUUUCAGAAAGGACACCUUAUUCUAAUACUCCUCUGAAUGAUUACAGUACUCCGGAUUCCAUGCUCCCGAGCACAGAGACAACAGAUUCUUCACCUAUUGAAAGAGCAUCAAGUUUUAGUUCUCCGGAGCUUCCCGCUGCGAUCCGGUGUGCGUUUGUUAUGGGGGAAGCAGCACCGCUAGAUCAUCCAUUUAGUGCUGUGAAACGCCAGCAGCAAAAGAAAUGGCUGGAAGAGCUGAACAAGCAAAGAGAGGAAGAUGCGCUGCGCAAAAUGCAAGAGAAGAAAAAGAUUCAAGAGGCUGAGCAACAGGAUCUCUGGGCAAUGCAUUUUGAUUCAUUUAAGAAGGUGGUGGAUAAUCAAACUCCUGUGUAUCAAAACACUGCUGAUGUUCAGCUGUCUGCAAAUCCUUCUUCCUCAUUGGAACCAGGACUAGCAGAGUAUCAGCGGACUCCUGCUUUAACUGAUGUCCAGCAAGAACAGCCAGAAACAAGGAUGUCAACAGAGGAAGAAUAUUUUCACAGUCAGAAAGCGGGGUUUCUACGUACCAUGACAGCCCUGUUAGAUCCUGCACAGAUUGAUGAAAGAGAUCGGAGGAGGCAGAAGCAGCUGGAGCAUCAGAAAGCUAUAGCGGCUCAGGUUGAAGAAAAGCGUAAGAGAAAACAGUUGGAAGAUGAGCAAAGACAGCAGGAGGAACAAGAGGAAGAGCGGCGGCUGGCAAAAGAACAGGAGCAGAUACAAAAGCAGUAUGAGCAAGAUAUCUUUCGACAGAAACAAAAAGAGGAUGUUGUAAACUUGAAGACCAGAGAACUGUAUCAAAGUAUGCAGAGGGCCCAGGAGGAGGCUCAGCGUCUGAAACAGGAGCAGCUAUUGCGGCAUUUACUGAAAAAAGGACAUGAUAUCUCCAACCUGCAGAAGAACGCAGAAGGUGAAGCCGUCCACUUGGAUACCAGCAGGGCUGCUAGUCGCACCAGUGAGAACAUACCGGAGGGCUCUCGGAAUGGGUCCAACAGUGUUAUGAAACCCAGUGUUACAGCAUUACUCUCCCCCAGGAGAGACACAGCAGUUCAGACAGAUGAUCUGGAUACUAGGUUAAAGCCUGAAUCUGUUUCUAAUGGGGCUUCCUGGAGACAACAUCAGAAUGCCUCUCCUGAUAUACCUGUGGAAUUCACCUACCAACAGACAAAGGCUGAACAGCCCGGGAAGAAGGUAAAGUCUCAGAGAGACAGAAGUGAAUCUACAAAAGAAAACAUCAUUGAUGACAUUUACGACCAGUAUGCAAGAACAGAAAAGCAGACCAGGGAACCUGGAAGAAAACCUGACUGGAACAGAAACAGGCCUCCAAAGAAGUAUGUCCCAGCUUCUGAGAGGUACCCCAGAGGACUGCAGAAACAGAGGGAGGAAAGUAAAGUCAGGCGACAGAUGGAGCUCCUACAUUUGGUGGAUAGGAACUCUUCCAAUAACCUCAGUACCAGGAAAGGGAUUUCUCCAGAAAGGUCCCCUGUUCCUCGAGAGGAUGCCAAAAUCUCCCACCCUCCAGAGGAAAUCAGACCUGCACUUGAAGCUCAAAAGGAGGAAAAAUUUCAGAAAGUUGACCCAUAUUUCAAAAGGAAACCAAAUGUAACUCCCGUCCCUCCCAUUUCCACCCAGAUGAAUCUCUCUCCAGAACUGGACAAACCCGAACCCCAGAGACCACCUUCCUCCCAAUUUGUACCAUAUGUUAGGACAAAGGAGAUCUACUAUCUGGACCCUGAUGCACCAAUGUCAAGACCAUCAACACAUGACCCCCAGUACAAGCGGGCCGCUGGUGACCAAGAAUCACGACAGAUAUUCAGCUCUGACCAUGCCAGGGACCCCUUGCUGAAUCCUAACGUCAUCAGAAACAAGGAUCGCCAGCAAGCAAUACUGAGAGGGCUAUCUGAGCUAAGGAAGGGUUUGCUUCAGAAACAAAGGGAGCUGGAGACCGGCUUGAUGCCUGAUGUGUAAGAUGAUGGACCAGACAGCUCUCCGGCUGUCCAUUAUAUAAUGUAGAGAUGUGUUUGUGGAUAUUUGUUAAAUUAUAUAUAGAACGCACUGUUAAAUUAUCAAUGUGUUUGCGGUUGUGUCUAUUUAUCAGACC